AGUGAUUUAAAUGCAUCUCUGCUCGAGCGUCGUUCCAAGAAUGUAGCAGCUUAUUGUGUUUUAUAAAUUGAUUGAGAGGCCGUCCAGGGAGGUGGGGAUCUGAGCUAGGCGCCCGGUACACAUCGCAACUUGUUGGUGUCCACCGGCCUGAUUCGGCCGCUCUUGCUGCUUAAUUCACUCCCAGACCGACAGUCCGUCGAGUGAGCAGUCGGCAGCUCCAUCAUAUCAUAAGAGGAUGGCGGUGUCAAUGCACUAUGUCAAAAUCGUGGGCGGCGGCAUCGUCUUCGCCGUCCUGGCGGUGGCAGUGAUUGUGUUGUCCAUCGAGGUCGCUCGUCUCAACAAUGAACUCAACAAUGGCUCGAGCAGAGAACCCUGGCAGACCAACUUCCGCAUCCCUGAUCAGCUGGAAGCUCACAAUUACGACAUCUUCAUGCACCCCAAUAUAGAGGCAAACAGGUUUUCGGGCAGGAUGGCUCUGACCCUGAACGUGGUCGGCAGCAGCCUCACUUACCUGCCCCUGCACCAAAAGGGUCUCAACAUCUCCAACCCUUCCAUCGUGUCUUUGGACGCAAGAGGAAGACAAUCAAAAGCGAUCGCCAUCACAAGAACAUUGGACGUGCCUGACAACGAGUUCUACGUUAUUGUGCCCCAGGAAGCCCUUCAACCGGGCAGCUACAAAGUUUCUGUGAACUUUGAAGGGUCGUUGUCGCAACCUGAACUGGUCGGAAUCUACACUUCGACUUACGAGGCCAGCGGUGCCAGUGGAGUUGAAACAAAGAAAAUCGUUUCGUCUAAAUUUGAGCCGACUUACGCCCGCCGAGCCUUUCCCUGCCUGGACGAGCCGGACAAAAAGGCCCAUUUCACAAUCUCUCUUGUGAAACCGAAGGAUGCAACUUGGAAAGCUCUUUCCAACAUGGAUGAAAAUAAAGUGGAAGAUGGUCCAGGAGACAACGAGAAGACAGUAUUUUUCAGCUCGUCGGUCAAAAUGUCCACCUACCUGGCCUGCUUCAUUGUCAGCGAGUUUGAUUUUGAGACUGAGAAUGUGGUUAACUUGGACACGAGCACCUUUCCCGUCAGCGUGUACGGCCGGUCCGAUUUGAAGAGCAAAUUGAUUUUUGCCAGGGACGCUGCAAAAGCCAUCACCGAGUACUACAUAGAUUAUUUCCAAAUCGGAUACCCUCUGCCGAAAUUAGAUUUGAUUGGAAUUCCUGACUUUGUGUCCGGAGCCAUGGAGAACUGGGGCCUUAUCACCUUCAGGGAGACCAACUUGCUGGUCGACGAAGCCACGGACGCCGUGUCCAACAUCCAGCAGGUCGGAUCUGUGGUUGCUCAUGAAAUUGCUCACAUGUGGUUCGGAAAUCUAGUAACUAUGAAAUGGUGGGACGAUCUGUGGCUCAACGAAGGAUUCGCUUCUUUCAUGGAGUACAAAAGCCUUGACUUUUACAAAAAAGAUGAAGAUUGGAAGUUGCUGGAGCAAUUUCUGGUCAUGGAUUUGCAGCCAGUGAUGGCGCUGGACGCUCAGCUCAGUUCCCACCCCAUCAUCCAGCAAGUGUCUCACCCUGACCAAAUCAAUGCCCUUUUUGACACAAUUACCUACAGCAAGGGUUGCUCUGUCAUUCGAAUGCUGGAGGGAAUUCUGGGAGAAGACGUUUUCCAAAAAGGAGUCACCAAAUAUUUGAACAGGUUCAUUUACGACAACGCUGUGACCACCGAUCUCUGGCAAAGUAUGACCGAGGCGGCCCUGGAGGCGCAACAGAGUGUGGAUGUGACCAGGGUCAUGAAUACCUGGACCCUGCAAAUGGGCCUGCCUGUUGUUGAGAUUAAAUACAACGAGACCACUGGUAUUGCCACUCUAAUGCAGAAACGAUUCUUUGGCUCGCCCGGUGCUGAAAAGAAGUCUCUCGAAGUUCCCAAGAGCUCUCCAUACGGGUACCGAUGGGAUGUGCCUCUGUCGUACAUUGAAGGUUCAAUUGCUGGAGUGAAAACAGAGUGGUUCAAAAUGGAGCCAUUCACUAUUCAAAUUCAAUUUGAUGCAGCAAAAACCACUUGGUUCAAGUUUAACUAUAAACAAAUUGGAUUCUACAGAGUGAACUAUGACGAAAAGAUGUGGGGUAAACUUAUUGAAGCAUUGAAGGCCUCGGAAAUUGCUGAGGACACUGACCGAUCAUCCCUGAUUGACGAUGUCUUCAGUUUGGCCGACGGAUCUUAUGUGACCUACAAACAGGCCCUGGACUUGUCCGAGUAUCUUGAAAAUGAGACUGGUUACAUCUCUUGGUCAACUUCGGCCAGCAAGUUCUUGAAACUGCUGCCUUUCAUGAGGAGCCGCCCAGCUUACCCCACUUUUAUGGCAUUUGUUGAGAAACUAGUGAAAAAUCAAUAUGAUGCCCUCAAAUGGACCGAAGGAGCAGAUGAUCCCCACAUCACCAAGCGUCUUCGAUCCACAAUUCUCAAUCUGGCAUGUUCCUGUGGCUACCAAACCUGUUUAGACGAAACCACAACUCCUUUCAACGAUUGGAUUGCAGACGAAACUAAAGUGCCUUCGAUAAAUGUGCGUGCCCUGGUGUACAACUUUGGAAUGGAGAGGGAGGGCAACCCCAACGGUAACUGGGACAAAGUGUGGGACAGGUACGUGGCAGCAGCCGAUCCUCAAGAAAAACUGAGGCUUUUGAUUUCGCUGACCUACGUGAAAGACGUGACCACCCUGAGAAAGUACCUCUUCUACGCUGAAGACGAUUCACUGGUCCGCAGUCAGGACUACUUCACGGUCUUGCAGACCAUGUCUGACAACCCGUUAGGCUCUUCAUUAGUGUGGGACUAUGUCAGAGACAACUGGGAUAAGUUGGUUGAACGUUUCACUCUGAACAGUCGGUCAUUGGGACGUAUGAUUCCUCGCAUCACUCAAAACUUUGACACCCAAGAUCGACUCGAUGAGAUGAAGGCUUUCUUUGCCAAAUACCCCAACGCUGGAGCUGGAGCGUCCGCCCGGGAGCAAGCUUUGGAAAGGGUCGAGUCUAAUAUUCAGUGGGUCUCCCUUUACUACGGAGAGAUCGAAAGCUGGCUCAACACGUGGGCCACACCACCUGCGCCAAAAUAGGGUUGUUCGUUUCUAUUUUUGUAAAUUUCCUACUUGCUGUACAUUAAAUAAAGUAUAUUGUAAUAAA